AGAGUUGACGAGAGUGUCCUUUGUUUUGAGAACGAGAGUAUCACUUGACGGACAGAUGUCGGUCGAGUGGUUGUUUCUGUUAGUUGCGACAAGUCUUUUUUCUUAAUUAAUAUUAAAGUGAACAAUUUUAAUCUCUUCUGGUUUGUUAAGAUCACGUAAGAUAUUAUAGUAUUGUUUCAAGAAGUGCAUAGUGUGCGCAAAAAGCGUAAAUGAUGUCGAACCAACCCUCCCAACGUGUCCGUCGUACGUUAAGUCCAUCAACAACAAAGCAAGGACCGAUGAAAGCAACAUUGCCAAUAACAUUGAUGCAACAAAGUCAUAGUCCUAAUAAAAACACUUCUACUAAAUCACCAGUAUUACAUUAUCAAGUAGAAGGUUCGAGACUUAGAAACAGACUUUCUCCAGAUUCAAGUUGUGGGUGUACUACUGUUAGUUACCAUAAAGUGGAAAAAGCCAAAACUCUUAACUUGAAACCAGUAAAUUCAUCACCAUACAUUCGAAGAACUGCAUCAUUAGAUGCUAUUUAUUUAGCUGGUCAGUGGCAGCAAGAUGCCUUUUAUUUCAGUCAUUGUGGUAGAUUGAUGAUGGACCGAGCUACACAGACUCCUGAAGAAUGGGAUGAUAUAGAUGAGAAGAAAGGAUUACAGAAGAAAAGCCCUAUGUCAGCUUCAGAUCAAUUAGAAGUGAAGUUAAUAAGGCAGCGUCUUCAGAGGACAACAUUAAAUAGUAGGGGAGCUGGAGGACAUAGUCCUGUGCAAGGAGACCAUUCAGCCAUAUCAUCUACCUGCACUAGUUUUCCCAAUACCACUAAUUUACCGUCCAUUCAUACAGGUGUUGCAACCCAUCAAUUAGCAUAUCCCUCACAUCCACCUCUCAUAGCUAACAUGAGUCAUGCAGUACCAAUUCCCAUUCCAAGCACUUCCUCGAAACCUCCGAUGCCAAGGAUGCGCAAUAGUGUAGAAGGGUUGAAUCAGGAAAUAGAAAAAUUAGUAUUGAAAGGAAUUAGCAGUACUGAAGAUCCAGAAUUAGAAAGAGUGGUAGUACCAACACCAGAUGGCCAUCGUGCCCCAAUUGCUGAGCUUUUCCAUACAACUCAUAGUGUGAAUACGCAAACACCUUUAGGAGGAAGGGAGAGUUUCUCCAGCAGUGGAAGUCGGAGUCAGUCAACAUCUCCAUUAGUACCCAUUUUUCCAGGAUCACUCGAUACUUACUCAUCUGUUAAUAGAGAUGAAAAUUUUAGUGCAUCUCCAGAUACAGAAAAUGUUCCAAAAUUAGGUACAAGUCCUCAUAUCAAUAAAUUUCUAGCACGUGAACCACCAGAUGGUUGUGAGAAAGUGAAAGUUAUUGAUGAACCAAGAUCUUCAUCCAAAGAAAGGCCAAGUAGCGUCUCCCUGAAACCGAGUAUGAAAUUUGUACUGCAGCCGAGUCAGAGCUCGGCUUUCUAUCCACUCUUAAAGACUUCUCCACAAGACAGUACGGUCAAACCCAUGUCGUCGUCUCAUUCGUUUUCUAAUGAUCAGAAUGAAAGACUUCAGUGACUAUUCUGCUAUUGUCUAGUUUAACAAUACAUAUCUAUGUAAAUGCAUUUAGAGUUGGAUACCAAUAGAAUGACUUGUAUUCUUGCUGAUAGUAAUUUUUAAAUUGAGCUUUAUUUCACUACUACAUAAUAUAUAUAUAUAUACACACACACA